AUGAUAUGGGGCGGGCGGGCUGAGGGGCGCGCGCGAUGCCGCUGGGCGCGCGCAGCGGGCGACAUGAACCGGUCGGCGCUCGAGUGCGACACGGACGCGGGCGUGCCCCCCUCCGACAAGCUGGUCCGGUUCGUGGUGCACGGCGUGCUGCUGAACGCCAUAGGCGCGGCCGGCCUGCUCGGCAAUGGGCUCUCGGUGCUGGUGCUGUCGCGGCCGCAGAUGCGCUCCUCCAUCAACUGCCUGCUCGUGGGCCUCGCCGCCUGCGACACGCUCCUCAUACUCACCUCCGUGCUCCUCUUCGGCCUCACCGCGAUCUACCCGUACACGGGCGGCCUGCGCUACUACUACUACAACGUGUGCCCGCUCAUCACGCCCUACGCGUACCCGCUGGCGAACGUGGCGCAGACCAUGUCCGUUUACCUCACGCUGAUCGUGACGGUGGAGCGCUGGGUGGCCGUGUGCCAUCCGUUCCGCGCGAAGGCUCUGUGCACUUCGUCGCGCGCCCGUUGGUACGUGUUCGGUACGGCGGCUUUUGCCUUCGCCUACAACGCACCGAAGUUCUUCGAAGCGGAAGUGAUCCCCGUCAGCGACCCGAUCUCCGACGAAGUGAUUUACUGCGUUCAGGCCGACCUCGACUUCCGAACCGAUAAGUAUGUAGUCAUUUACAUACACUGGAUGUACUUGGUGGUGAUGUACAUAGUACCGUUCUCGGCGCUGGCGGCCCUCAACGCCUGCAUCGUGCGCCAAGUGCGCCGCGCCCAAGCCGAACGCGCGAGACUUUCGCGCGUGCAGCGCCGCGAACUCGGUCUGGCGACCAUGUUGCUGGUCGUCGUGUUGGUGUUCUUUCUGUGCAACAUUCUGCCGCUCGUCACCAACGCUUUCGAGGUUUUCCUCGGCGACGAAUUCGAUAACCUCGAUCCGCUGGUGAAGACUAGCAACCUCCUGGUGACGAUCAACAGUAGCGUCAACUUCGUGAUCUACGUGAUCUUCGGUGAGAAGUUCAAGCGGGUGUUCCUGAAACUGUUCUGUGCGGGGCGUAUCAGAGCGCGGGGAACUCGCGACUCGCCCGAGCACACCCGCGACGACUCGCUGGCCUCCUGCGGCGAGCGGAUGUCGCUGCGCUUGGCGCGCAACGGCACGCUGCGCCGCUCGGAGAGGCUGAGCCGCUCCCGGCCGCGGCGCGCCUCCCCGUCGCCCGCCGUCUACUACCCGGCGCCGCCGCCCUCCUCGCUGAUGACGGAGCUAACGGAGGCGACGGGCUCGCCGCUGGCCACCACGCCGCCUUCGCCGCCCGCCCCCCGCUGGAACGGCCACGCGCGCCUCCCCUUC